AAGAUUAAAAAGGACACAAGUACCACGACCUGAAAGAGGACAUUUUUAGAAUUAUACUAAAAGGCAUUUUAACUAUCAAUCAGAGGGCAGAGGGCAUGCAGUAGAUUGUGCGCAACAGGCAAAGUUUGAUCAUGUUGAUAAUUUAAAGUCCUUAGAAAUGCAUGUAUCAAAUCAGAUACAGUAGGGUUAAUUAUCUACAUUCUAAGCAAAUAAUUAUUUAUUAAUUCUCCUAACUCAUACUCGAUUAACAAAGCAGGGCUAUAUUUCAUAUUUCUAUGCAUUUUUUGAUACAUAACAAUGCAAUGUGCAACAUACAGCACUAUUCAUGAUUAGUUUCAGAAAUAUGGUAUGGAUUGAUUUAAAGGUAAAUUUGGUUCAAGUAUCAAGACGGCCUGGAAUGUAACUGGAUGGGCGGUAAUGCACUUAUAAGUCUGCGAUCCGCCGUAAAGCUAGAAAAAGAAGAAGAAUGUAACUGGAUAACGUCUGAGCACGUGACAUGCGGAAGCGUCGCAGGCUCGCAGCUGAGCUCAAGCAGGUCUCAUUGGCGUGACCUGCACAAGUUAAUCUUUUUGUAAGCAACAAAAAAUGAAUUGGUAAUGAUUGUAUAUCCUUCGUUGAAAAGCUAGAAUGGACCCCAACUUACAGUACUGGCAAAGCAAUGGACAGACUGCGUCUCUGGUUCAAAAUCCUCGACCCCAGUUCUGUGUUGUCAUCCCAGGCUGAAAUUGAGCAGGCCAGGACACUUCUUCAGAAUGAGGGACAUACACAAAGAAAGGAAAAAGUGGCUAAUGCCUGGUUACUGUCUCUUUCAUCUGUCCAUCCUGAUACUGGAGGUGUAAUCUCACUAUUGUUUCGUUCUCAAGUCUUCCUACCUAUAUCUGCUCCCUUGGUUGUUGCAAGUUUACUCCCCCACAAAGGCAUUAAACCUGCAUUGUUCUGGCAAUUUUUGCUUCAGACAUACUGUGCAGGAUUCAACCAUGCUAACAGAAAUGCAACAGCAACUAAGGACAACAAAACGUCGAUGAAGCAGUCCAUUCUUAUUGUUGGAACAGUUGCCUACUCAACAUUUGCAGGGGCUCUUCCUCAGAUUAUACUCAAGCGUUUAAGUCUCAUCGGUGCCGUGGUUGAGACCUUCUCUAGAUCGUUGUUACCUAUUCCUCUCUCAGCCUGUCUAGGUGCAUUCAGUGUAAUGGUGGUGAGAAGUGAAGAGGCCGAUAAUGGAAUACGAGUGUUUGAUUCUAACGGAAAUGCUGUUGGAGUCUCGAAGGCAGCUGGUUCUAAGGCCAUAAAGGAAACGGCCCUCUCAAGAGCGGCUCUCUUUGGCACCACUGCAGCUGUUCCCACUUUACUGCUGGCUCUCCUUAAAAGGGCAAAGUUUGUCCAAAGGAACCCAAUGAUAAUCGCUCCUGUUCGGCACAUCAGUACUGCCAUUAUUUUUGGCCUGAUGAUUCCUGUGUCCUUCAGUCUUUUUCCACAGUUUGGCAAGAUAAAGAAGGAGAGUUUAGAAGAGGAUUUCCAGUCACUUGACAGUAACGGGGAACUGUUUUACCACAGAGGACUGUAACUUUACUAUUUGACACUGAAAACAAAGUGUAUUAAAGUCCAGUGCAUUUCAACAACAUUUCAAAAAGGUGGUUACUUUAAGAUUUAAAAGCAUGCUCUAUUUUCUCAAAAGGGUUUUUGAGCUACUAAUCAAUGCUGUAAUAAUACUGAAUAAUGAAAGGAAGAAGUACAACUGUAUGGUUUUGAUUUCAUAUUCAUUUAAUAGCUGCAUUUCGGGCUAAAAAGGGUUUUAAACACUGCACUGAAGUGGAUUUGGCCAAAUCAUGCUAAUAACACUGUUAGUGUCAAUAAAAUUCCUGUUGCCACUCACAUGCACAUUUUUUUAUAUUUAAUGGUCACAUAUAUAUUUAACAAAGUAUCUGAGGAAACAGCAUUUUAUGACUAUGUAAAGGAUGAAGACAGUGUUUAAGAAAUCAGAGAAGUACAGUUUGAGCAUCCUCUUUUUUUCAGAAUACAUUGCACACAUAUGAUCAGAAUAUCUUCUAUGAUCUGUUUAGGCACAAAGGAUAGCCCUUGAUACCAAGGGGUUGUCAAAUUAAUAAGAUGAAUAAACAAAAAUGUAUAAAGUAAUGCCAUAAUCAAUUCAAGCAAUCAUUAAGUGCAAUCACUGGAAUUGCAAAAUGUGGGAAUAAAGUUCUCUAACAUGG